CGCACAGAGUGUGAGCCAAAGCCUUAGCAGGAGAGCGCGCUGCUCUACAUCAAACUGCAUAAAAGUCUCGUUAUGUAUUUGCCUGCCUUGCUCGCAGGAGUAAAUCUUGAUUACUGCGCGGGAAUAUGCACAUAGCUGCUGCACGAGGACGCCUUCCCGCAAAGACUGUGCUUUCAUCACUAUAAUCAGCUGCCUAACUACUCGCUCGUAACAUUUUGGGCUUUUUCGCUGCUCGGGUGAGAAGUGACAGGAGCGUAGACCCCUCCUCUGUUGGGCGGGGCGUGCAUUUCAUUUUGUAUUUUGUGAGUGUAUUUUUUUUCUCUCCCCCCUCGUGUUGCCUGCUCUGACACGUCUGCACUGAGUGAGUGGCAUUGGCACACUGUCAAUCGCUCACUAUCAAACAACAUAAAACACACACAGGCACACAGGCUGCACCUCAUAAAUUUUAGCAAGGCAACGUAUUUUUUAUAAUUUUCCUUUUGGCGCAUCGCUUUAUUAUACAGCGUUGCAUCCUUAUUAAUUUGUUUUCCUUGUUGCUUCUUUUUUUCUUGUUGGCAGAUCACAACUUUUGUAUAUUUUUUAAUUUAAAAAUAUUAGGACACCACUGUAAUUUUUUAAAUACCUGGACUUCAUAUCUGCAGUAAGAUUUUGAUUUUUUUUUUUUUUUUUUUUUUUUUUUUUUUUUUUUUACAAAGAAUUAUUUGCUGCGUUGGAUAUUUUUGUCUCCCGAUGAGGAUUUUUGUGGACAUUUUUUUGUAAGGAGAUGCACCGGGAAACCCACGAAGAGCGUCAAUAAAUGAGAGAUCACCAAAGGAGCAAUUGUGUCCAAAGCCGUCAAAUCCCACUGAGAAGAUACAUUGGCGUGAAGAUUCGUGGUGGAUAAGAUGGACAACCUUUGGCGAUUUUGACAAUAGAAGUUUUGCAUUAAAUCCCCAUAUUAAGGCAAUAUUCUUCAAACGCCGUCUCCCGUUUUGGCACUUUGGACCGCGCGUAAAGAGACAAGCGUCAACUUGGACACAUUUACGCCACCGAGCCGCUGCUAUAUUGUUUUUUUUUGUUUUGUUUUUGUUUUGUUUUCUUAACAAAACAUUUGUGUUUUGGGCCACGCUGCCUUGCACCCUUUUUGUCUCCUGCACAUGUUCUAGUCCAUUUCGUAUAUGAGUUUUUCAAUUUGCGUGGCUCAGUGCACAGACUCUUUAGCGGCUCCGAUGGACGAUCAAGCCCGGAUCAUGCAGUCGAUCGGCGGCGUCAGUCUGGCCGGCCACUCGGUACAAGGGGGCAUGGCCCUUCCGCCUCCACAUGGACACGAUGGCACAGACGGGGACGGACGCAAGCAAGACAUUGGCGACAUUCUUCAUCAAAUAAUGACCAUAACCGAUCAAAGUCUGGACGAAGCGCAAGCAAAAAACAGGAAACAUGGACUGAACUGUCACAGAAUGAAACCAGCACUCUUCAGCGUUCUCUGUGAAAUCAAAGAAAAGACAGGUCUCAGCAUCCGGGGUGCCCAGGAGGAGGACCCACCAGACCCGCAGCUCAUGCGUUUAGACAAUAUGCUGCUGGCAGAGGGCGUGGCGGGACCAGAAAAGGGUGGCGGAUCUGCAGCCGCCGCAGCUGCAGCCGCUGCCUCGGGCGGGGCAGCUGACAAUUCUAUUGAACAUUCCGAUUACAGAGCCAAGCUCACACAGAUCAGACAGAUCUACCACACAGAGUUGGAGAAAUAUGAACAGGCAUGUAACGAAUUCACAACCCAUGUGAUGAACCUGCUGCGGGAACAGUCUCGUACGCGGCCCAUCUCACCCAAAGAGAUAGAGCGCAUGGUGGGAAUCAUCCAUCGCAAGUUUAGCUCUAUUCAGAUGCAAUUGAAACAGAGCACAUGUGAAGCUGUCAUGAUCCUGCGCUCCAGAUUCCUUGAUGCCAGGCGGAAAAGGAGAAACUUCAGCAAGCAGGCGACAGAAAUUUUGAACGAGUACUUCUACUCACACCUCAGCAACCCUUAUCCGAGUGAGGAGGCUAAAGAAGAGCUGGCCAAGAAGUGCAGCAUCACAGUUUCCCAGGGGGUGGGAAGCACCAUCACAGUAUCUCAGGUAUCCAACUGGUUCGGCAACAAACGGAUCCGCUACAAGAAAAAUAUUGGCAAGUUUCAGGAGGAGGCCAACCUGUACGCCGCCAAGACUGCUGUAAAUGCAGCACACGCUGCAGCCGCUGCAGUGCAGAACAGCCAGGCCAACUCCCCUACUACACCGAACUCCGGAUUCCAGAUGAAAGAUGAAGAGUUUCAGCUGGAUUCUGCAGAGAGCAAAAACACUCUUUUAACCAACAUGUUUACUGGUUCCUCAGGUUCUUUUAACCUCCCAAACUCUGGGGACAUGUUCUUGAGCAUGCAGAGUCUGAAUGGGGAUUCUUACCAAGGGGCACAAGUCGGAGCCAAUGUACAGUCACAGGUGGAUACCCUGCGCCAUGUUAUCAGUCAGACGGCAGGAUACAGUGAUGCUCUUGGCCGAAACCCAAUGUACAGUCCACACAGUUUAAAUACUAAUGGGGGAUGGCAAGAUGCAACAACACCAUCGUCCGUGAUAUCUCCAACAGAGGGACCCGGCAGUGUGCACUCGGAUACCUCCAAUUGAUCCACUCGUAAUGCAUUUGAGCCUCAAGCUAGGCAAGAACUCUUAACUGGCUGCACAACUGCAGAGGACCUCCAAAACUCUGUCAUACCACAUUGUUUUUUUGUUGUUGUUAUUUUUUUUAUCCCACAACAACUUUGAGUCGACUUUUCACGAUUGUCUUUGUAUUUUCUUUGGAAGUCGAAGCGCACAUAUAGUAUGUGCAAAUAUCAAACGGCCCUCCGAUAUUCGUCAAAGUUCAUUUUAUCUUCUGUAUUGAAAAUACAGGAUGUGUGUAUUAACAUGACAUUUUAAAUGUCAAAUGUAUGUGAUUAUUCCUUUUUCUAUUUUGAAAAUACUUUGCUCUUUCAAAUGAAUGGAUAAAUGCAGCUGUUAAUGUGACUGUAACAAUGCUGCCGUUAAUGGCAGCUUUGUGGUUACUUCCAAGAUUUAAUUUGCAUUACUGCUAUACACAUGAGUAUAAGCCAAUGAUUACUCAUAGUAUGAAGCAAGAGACGUGUUAUUGAUUGCAUUUCCAUGAUAUGACACCAUCCAAUAUUUUAUGUGAUGUUUGCUAUGUAUAUAUGUAAACAUUUUUGUACUGCUUGUGGAAGCCAUCGAAUCACCCACAGUGGAUCAUAACACACUAGGCCCCAGUGAAACAAAACUUGUAAAAAUCAAAGCUAAAGAGUACUUAUUUGUACAUCCCAACAAUCAACACACAGCUUUAUUGCCUCAUUACAAUCCAUACCAACAAAUGCCAUCGUUUCUGUAGCUUAGAGUGCUCACAUACUACCUCUAAAAAUAUUUACCAUUUUUUGCCCUACUUAUUUUUUAUUCUUUUACUUGUUUUGAUAACAUCUUGCAACACUGUAAAUUUUCUCAUUCUCUAUGUAAUGUAAUGUAUAUUUUAAUCUUUUAAUAAAACUCUGUUGCUAUUUUGCAGCUUAAAAUGACAAAAACAAAAAGUGAAUCUGAUAACAUUAAUACAAUGAAAAAAAGCAGAGCGAGUACAUUGUUGGUCUGUGGCUUUUAUUAAGGGGGUGCGAUAAAAUUGUGAUAAAUUAACAGUAAAACUGUUGUAAAUACUAAAAAAAAAACAUUUUGAAUGUUGCUCAUCUUAUUACUAAAUCAUACCCAAAACCAGAAAAAAAAAAUCACUAUUAGGACUGUAAUGCAUAGAGGUUUCAGUAUUCAGAACUGUAUAUUUCCAGCUCUGUUCAACAGGGUUCAAACUUCUUUUCUCUUUUUUCUAUUGUAUGUGAUUCUGAAACUAAAAAGUCAUGAGAAAUGAUUUGUGGCAGUGAUACAAAUGUAAUAAAAAUGUUUAGUGUUGCUUUCUAACCGGACGACACCCUGGACUGAAAAGUCUUCCUUGUGGUAGUUGUGUAAUUUAAAACAUGAAUAAAACUUUUGCUUUGAUGACAGCA